GGAAAAUGGUGGCAGGCCAGGCUUAGGAGAGACAGAGGAAGGAGCCAGCAGCAUAUGGAUCAUUAGACUAAGCACCGAGAGAUGCGCUAUCUCAGGCUCUCUACUCCCACAGAGAGAAGACAGAAUACAUUAGCACACUGGACCUAGGGGUGUGAAACCGGUCUCGUAUUAGCGUCGCCCGCGAGAAUCCAUCUCCUGACAUUUUUUGUUCCAGCAAGACCACUACCAGAGUACGAAGACAUGGAGGCCUCCUGCGGACUCACGGAUGACAGAGCCUCUCCGCCGAGCUCACUGAACAUCAACCAUGGAGGAGGAGGAGGAGGAGGAGGAGGAGGAAGCUCCACCCACCGUAAGCGCCGGACGCUGAUCGCCCCGGAGAUGAACCUGUCACUGGACCACAGUGAGGGCUCCCUGCUGUCCGAUGACUUCCUGGAUACGCCCGACGACCUGGACAUCAACGUGGACGACAUCGACACGCCCGACGACAACGACUCGCUGGAGUUCAUCACCAACGGCAACGACCUAGAGUGGGAAGACGACACACCCGUGGCCUCAGCCAGGGCGGGGCCAGGGGACGGGUCAGGUGACGUGGAGGACGGAGGUGACGGCGCCGGCGCCAACGGGCGUCUGUGGAGGACGGUGAUCAUCGGGGAGCAGGAGCACCGCAUCGACAUGCAGGUCAUCAGGCCCUACCUGAGGGUCAUCACCCACGGCGGUUACUAUGGCGAGGGCCUGAACGCCAUCAUCGUGUUCUCUGCCUGCUACCUUCCGGACAGCAGCUGUUCAGACUACCACUACAUCAUGGAAAACCUCUUCCUCUACGUGGUGAGCAGCCUGGAGAUGCUGGUGGCGGAGGACUACCUGAUCAUCUACAUGAACGGCGCCACGCCGCGAGGGAAAAUGCCCGGCAUCGGCUGGCUCAAGAAGUGCUACCAGAUGAUUGACAGGCGGCUGAGAAAGAACCUGAAGGCUCUGGUCAUCGCUCAUCCCACCUGGUUUAUCAGGACAGUGCUCGCUAUCUCCAGACCCUUCAUCAGUGUGAAAUUCAUGAACAAGAUCCAGUAUGUCCACAGUCUGGAUGAGCUGGCAGAGAUUGUGCCCAUGGAACAUGUGCAGGUCCCUGAGUGUGUGAUGCAAUUUGAGGAAGAGAGGAUUAAAGCUCGAAAGGAAAGGAUGGAGCAGGAGCAGAGGCAGCAGGAACAGCCUCCGCAGCCAAACACACACGAACCAGCCAAGACAGAGAGGCCGAAGUCAAUGAUUGCAGAGCAGGGAUUGUAGAUGUGACGAAAGAACAAAGUGGCUGAGAGAAGCAUAAAGGCAACGUUGUCACAACAAGCAAGACGACGACGAGAAAGACCAAAUCUUUACUGUCAAAUAAAUAUCCAAAAAUAUCCAACCAAGAGAGAAACAUGCGUAUACCAUGCAGAGGGCCCUAUAUAUCCCCCAGCCAGCCUCCAUGUCUCCUCCACCCACACCCACACCCCCACCCGCUGUGGUACGUGUUGCUACGGAACACUACAACUUCCCAGGAAGGGUUAGUUCUACCUAGAACCCUGGUAAUCACCCUCUGGAACGUUCUGAAGACGUUCCACCACCGGGACAGUACCUCGGAUGUUUCGUACUGGCACUCCAUGUUACGACCCACAGAACGAGUACACACACACACACACACCUGUCCCUUGCACACAAACUCCCACAACUUGGCCCCACCAUUGGCAACUUCAUCUAAUUUGAAUAUGAUACCGUUUGUGAUAGGCUAUGUGGAUAAUGUGAGGAAAGUUAUGAAGGAAGAUACAAUUUGGAGUUGCUCCAACUGCGUGCUGUUUUUAUCAAGGCAAUAGGCCAACAACUCUCAAUGCCAUUGGCUUGCUGUGUUUCUAAAGCAAUGUUAGUAAACAUAGAUAACUCAGAGCUGGCUGGGGCUUAUACCGAAUUUUGGCAUCAACUAUCUAAUAAAACAUCCAGUAUUGGUCUGUUUGUUCAAUUUUCCUUCCAGACUACAUAAUGUUACCAGUUAUCUAUGCUUAAUGGUGUGUCAUUAAGAGGAAUCAUUUAAAAAAGCUUUCUAUGUUAGCUGCCUUCAUCCCAGCUUCAUUUUACUUUCAAAUCUGUCCUUGAUAAAAAUGUAUUCCAGAUCAAAAAUCGCUGGAACAGAGGUUUUUGUGAUCCUCGCGCAUGCAUUUAUUUGGGGGGUAGGGGGGAUGGGGGGGUUGUCAUUGGAACUCUGUGAUAAAUUGAUCAAGGGUUAAGGCAUUUCUGACCGAGAUUUUUGUUGUGGGGCGUUCCCAGUACAGUCAUAGCAUGUAGACACAUUAGCAUGAGUUCAAAUGCCCCAAUCCAAUUCUGGGAUCAAUUCGUCCCUGUUGAUGUUCGACUUCCUGUUCUGAUGCUUACCCACGUCCCUGACAGUAGCAGGCAGGACGUUUUUAUUUUUGUAAGAAUUACAUAAAUGUGCUGCCUAUGUAUUGUAAGUAUUGUUUGUACUCUUAAAUAUCAACUUGUCAAACGAUUGUCAUCUAAUGGUAAGCAUUGAAUCGAUGUAUGUUUGGGGACCAUGUCGUUCUCAUGAUAUGUAUAAAUCAAAUCCUUA